CCACCCUCGGGUAGAGUGCCGUGGUGUCACACGGCUCACAGCAACCUCUAACUCUUGGGCUUACGCGAUUCUCUUGCCUCAGCCUCCCGAGUAGCUGGGACUACAGGCGCCCGCCACAACGCCCGGCUAGUUUUUUGUUGCAGUUUGGCCGGGGCUGGGUUUGAACCCGCCACCCUCGGCAUAUGGGGCCGGCGCCCUACUCACUGAGCCACAGGCGCCGCCCUACUUUUUAUUUCUUAAUACUCAGGCUUAGUCAAUACUUUUGUGACAACCAUAAUUGACACACACAUUUUUCUUAGCAACAGUUGUCUGCUCUUUAGAAUAGGAGAAUUGAGAAUCUCGUUUCAUACAUGAGCUAAUUGUCCUUCCUGGCUAUGGGAAAGACAUUAUGAUCUAAGGAAUGAUUUGGUCUCAGGCCUACUGAGACUAAAAUCAAGUUGAUGAGGAUGAGAACGCUCAGAAUUAUCUGAAAAACUACCCUAUACUCUGAUAUCUCUGCUCAGUUCUGCAUGAGGGGAUAGAGAUCUCUUUUUGAUUUGUUUAUAGAAAUAAAUGAGAGCAGGGCUGACCUCGUGGUUGUAAUCCCAGCAGAGGAGGGAGGAUUGCUUGAGGCCAGAAGUUUGAGACUAGCUGGGAACAUAGUGAGAUCUUGUCUCUUAAGAAAAAAAAAAAAAAGAAAGAAAAAGAUGCUUCUAUGCUCCUAUCCCCCUGUAGAAACCUGAGUUAAUUGAAAAUUUAAUUGAGAUAUUUAGUCCACGUGUAUUUGUAAGAAACAAUACAGAGAGAUUCUUUGUUCCUUUGUACAGUUUACCUCAAUGGUAACAUCUUGCCAAACUAUAGUAGCUUACAUAAUCACAAUCAGGAUAUUGACAUUGAUGUGAUACACAGAUCUUACUACAAGUUCCUCAGUUUUACUUACUUGUGGAUUUAGUUCUACAUAGCUUUAUCACAUGUGUAGAUCUGUAUAUCUGCCAGUCAAGGUAUGGAAUAAUUCUAUCUCUGCAAGGAUCCCUUAAGUUGCUCUUCUAUAACUACACCCACUUCCCUCCCACAACCCCCUUCCCCAUCCCUAAUGCCUGUCCUCCAUUUCUAAAAUUGUCAUUUGAUAUAUCUUUUUAUAGACAUAAUUAUAUACACAUUUCUACCACCUAUACUUUUUUUUCCUUUUGAGACAGAGUAUCACUCUGGGUGGAGUGCCGUGGUGUCAUCAAAGCUGACAGCAACCUCAAACUCUUGGGCUCAAGCAACCCUCCUGCCUCAGCCUCCCAAGUAGUUGGGACUACACGUGCCCUCCUUGAUGGCUGGCUGGUUUUUCUAUUUUUAGUAGAGACAGGUUUUCAUUCUUGCUCAGGCUGGUCUUGAACUCCUGAGCUCAAUUGAUCCACCCAUUUAGGCCUCUCAAGAGUGCUAGGAUUACAGGUGUGAGCCACUGUGCCUGGCCACUUGUGCUUUUUCAAGGUGCUUUUGUGUCUUAGCAAUUCUGCAGAGUAGGCAGGGAAGGUUUUCCUAUUUCAGGUCAGAAAACAGACUCAGAAAUGACAAAUGAAUAUUAGAUGACUUAAGAUCAUAUGUUUAGCAGAACUAGCACUGGGACCCAAAUCUGAUGUUCAGUCCUAGACCUUUUCCUCCUGACCAGACUGCCUCUUCAUAAGGGGAGAUUUAGUUGUUAGAAUUCAGAGACCCUAAAAGCAAACAGAAGAAGGUAUAGACCCAGUGUCUUCACCUUUACCCCCUGAAACAAAAGGUGAAUGUCUAGAGGUGAAGGGACAGAUAAGGUGACAAGACCAUCAGCAUUUCUGGCAAUUUGCUUCCUUGACCAGGAGGGUUUCUGACCUCUUACAACCUGAGACAUAAUCAACAAUGAACUGCUCUCUGCUCUCAGUCCCCCAGUUUGCUUUACCUUGGCCCCAGAGGAAUUGAGGAAUGAAUAUCAGGGAGAAAUUUUGACCCUGAUUGUUUUGUCUUGCAGGCAGAGAAUAGGUUCUAGCGUUAGCAUUUUUUAUUAGUGCAGUGUUUUCAUUAAAAUCUCCAUUAACUUGUUUGCAGCAAUAAAAUGGAAUUAUCCCUCCCACCAAGCCUGGGGCAAGAUUCUUGAGAGGAGCUCCCUUUCCUUUGGACAUUAGAAACAUCCCCCACCCUCACCCUGCCACUGUGGUGUUCACUUCAGUGGGCAGGUGACGGCAACUUCAAUGUGCAGAAGGUCCAGGGCAUGAGUAACGGGAUUUUGUUCUUCAGUACUUUGUGUUGCAGGAAGGGAACAACUGUGGUGUGAGCACCAGGACCCAGGAGGUAGGGAGGUCCUGGCUAGAGAUGGGGCUUGCUUAAUCUGAGGUCCUUAGGCCUGUAUCAGUUCUUCUCCAACAAAGUUUGAGAAGCUGGCACAUGGCUGAAAUGCACUCACGCGGUUGGGGGAAGAGUGUUCUUCCAUUCCUCCUCCCCACAAGGCCUCCUGCCUCUCCUAAGUACCUGUCAUCAAAGGAGAUGAAUCCCCCCUCAGCCCCCACACCUCCUUGAGUUGUCAAGUACUCUCCCUCCCACCUGCAUAGGAAGCAGGAGCAGCAGGCCAGGCUGCAGGUUGGGGAAGUCAGAAGUUAACUUGAGCUGAGUUUGCAGCUCUGGAGAGAUUGAGGAGCAGGCUUUUCUCUUGUCACAUUGGAAGAAGAAGAUUGUGAGGCUGCCCCUUUAAAUAGCAUUCCCGUAGGAGGCAGAUCACAUCCAUCCGUCACCUGCUGCCAAAGCAUCAUUUUUUGGUCUCUUAUCAAACUCAAAGCUUUUUGGAAAGGAUUGUGGGGUUAGGGGAGUGAGGAGGCAGGGGGCAGUUCAGAAGCUGAAAAGGGGAAGAAUGAGGUUGGGCAGAAGGAGCCUGGGAAAGAUGGGGGUGGGGUGCAAGAGGAACAGACAGGGAGAGAAGAAUAGCUGCCUUUUAAGCCUAUGAAUGGAACAGGCAUACCCUAUUCUUAUCUCUUUAGAGGUGCAGUAAGGCAGAAAUGGGAUUGGAUUGCAACAAGAGGAAUGAGGUUGAGGUUAAACACCAGGACUGGUGACUAAAGAGGGUGAAAGGGAGCACAGAAUGGAGAGAUUGGGAGACUUGGCUCUGGCUUUGUCACUCACCACAUAAUUUUUCUGGGCUUAGUUUUCCCAUUUAUUAAGUGAAAGAGAUUAGACUAGGACUCUAAAGUCUCUUUCAGUCAUAACUUUUUUUGUGUAUGUGUGAAUUCCCCUUGAAAUGGGUUAGGAGUUAGGGGGGCCUGGGAAAGCUGGAUGUGCUACUAUGUUGACAAGAAAUGUUACCAGAUUCCUCUGGAAGUAGAAAGUAUGUCUCUUGCCUCUUUCCCACCUCUGCCAGUCUAAAUACCUGCCUAAAUUGGGAAACUCCUUAACUUAAUCCUAAUUUCCUAAUUAGCACUCUCUAGCUCUAAUUUUUCAUUUGCAAUUCUUCUGUAAUUUCUAGCCCAUUCCUUUUCCCAUUGAUAAGGAAGGAGAUUGCUCCCAAAUUUUGAGAAUUGACUUGUAGGAGUGUGACUAGGGUCUUAGAUGCAGCUAUUUCUUGGCUGGGACUUUUCCUUUGGCAAGGAGGAAAAAGGGAGACCUGGCUGAAGUUAGAGGGAUAGAGAGGGGCAAGUCCUUAUCUCCACCUCUGACUCUGCCAUUGCUUGCCUCUGUACAUCCUGGAAGCUGGUUCUGCUGAUACUUCUGCCAGAUCUGAACCCCCCACCUGACUUGGCAAUUCUUUUUGCCUUGGGAGUAUUAGCUCUCACAGUCCAUCCUUUUCUUCACCCUUCUUUUUUAUUCCUUUUCCUGAGAAAGGGGGAGCCUCCACCCCAUAUUUAGAACAGAGUGAAUAUCACACCAGUCAUCCCUCCUUUUAACCGCUAGAGUUCCUGAUGUUAAAAUUCACAUUCUGGUAUCCUGGAUUAAUUUCCUCUUUGGGAUCCGACAUCCCCACUUUCUGUUUACAUGGGAGAUUCCCCAAUGGCAAAGUAGAUGCUUAUUAAGGGAGAGAAGUGGCUCCUGCAAAAGUCCCAGGUAGGACUCAGGUGGAUGGCAGAGGGUUUACCCUAUUUCAUGGUCUUGGGUUCAAAUUCCAGUUCAUUCAUUCCGCAAAUGUUUACUAAGCAGGUAGGCUGUUUUGUGCUGGGCCUUGAACCCUUAGCUGCUUUCUCUGAAGACAGAGUAAGAGAGAAUGAGCUAUCAGAAAUAAUUUUCCUGGCUGUGUGGAGCUAUUUCAUAGUCAAGGAAGAUGCGGUGCUAUCUGCUCUGGAGAGCUUUAAACUUGGGAAAAAUUCUCUGGCAGGCAGGUAGUUGGAGGCACCAGAAAGAAGGUCACAGUAUUGGAGACGGGUGGGGAAGAUCAAGCUGAGGGACCAGGUGUGGGAUGCCCUCACAGCUCAGAGCAGACCCUGAACUUUUCCAUUCAAAGACACCAGCGCGGGGAAGGUCUGGUCCGGCUGGGUGGUGAUGGUGGUGGCUUCAUUCAGCAGAGUCCAAGUUUCCCGGGGGGGGGGGGGAGAUACAGGCUUCUCCCCAACCCUCCCCACACAGGGGACACAUAGGCAGCUAGGCACACGUGCAUCUAGGAAACCACACGCACAUACCCAGAAACUCAAAACACACACCGAGGGAGCCCACACUUUACGACCCACACCGAAGUCCUGCCCGACGCCUGUGCGGCACUCUGUAAACACGCACACGCACUCACAUCCACCCGCGCAGGCACACGCAGCCCCGCGUACCGGCGCCUGUGCGCGCGCUCGCCCUUGGGUGCUGGUGUCUGUGUGUGCCCCCGGCUUCCAUGGUUCCUUGGGGAGGGGAGAGUGGCUGCGAGGAGUGAGAGACUGGCGGGCAGGCUGAGGAGAAGGGAGGGGGAGCAGAGGGAGGGAACCCGGCCAGGGAGGAGGAGAGAGGCGAGGAGGCGGCUCUGGCAGCGCGCGGCGGCGGCGGAGAGCUUGGACUGGGAGCCCAGAGCUCUGCUGGGCAGCGGGAGAGGUGGAGCCGCAGGAACUGCAGCUCCGCCGGCUUGGGCCAAGCCUACCGACACCGGCCUGGCUGAUCCACGCCAGCCGCAGACAGUGGCUGAGCAUGGAGCUGUCCCCCCGCAGUCCUCCGGAGAUGCUGGAGUCGGAUUGCCCGUCACCCCUGGAGCUGAAGUCAGCCCCCAGCAAGAAGAUGUGGAUUAAGCUCCGGUCUCUGCUGCGCUACAUGGUGAAGCAGUUGGAGAAUGGGGAAGUCAACAUCGAGGAGCUGAAGAAAAACCUGGAGUACACAGCUUCUCUGCUGGAGGCUGUCUAUAUAGAUGAGACACGGCAAAUCUUGGACACGGAGGAUGAGCUGCAAGAGCUGCGGUCAGAUGCUGUGCCUUCAGAGGUGCGAGACUGGCUGGCCUCCACGUUCACCCAGCAGACCCGGGCCAAAGGCCGCCGAGCAGAGGAGAAGCCCAAGUUCCGGAGCAUUGUGCAUGCUGUGCAGGCUGGGAUCUUCGUGGAACGGAUGUUCCGGAGGACAUAUACCUCUGUGGGCCCCACCUAUUCUACUGCAGUACUCAAUUGUCUCAAGAACCUGGACCUCUGGUGCUUUGAUGUCUUUUCCUUGAACCGAGCAGCAGAUGACCAUGCCCUGAGGACCAUCGUUUUUGAGUUGCUGACUCGGCAUAACCUCAUCAGCCGAUUCAAGAUUCCCACUGUGUUUUUGAUGACUUUUCUGGAGGCCUUGGAGACAGGCUAUGGGAAGUACAAGAAUCCUUACCACAACCAGAUCCACGCCGCUGAUGUUACCCAGACAGUCCACUGCUUCUUGCUCCGCACAGGGAUGGUGCACUGUCUGUCUGAGAUUGAGGUCUUGGCCAUUGUCUUUGCUGCAGCCAUCCAUGAUUAUGAGCACACAGGAACUACCAACAGCUUCCACAUCCAGACCAAGUCAGAAUGUGCCAUCCUGUACAAUGAUCGUUCAGUGCUGGAGAAUCACCACAUCAGCUCUGUUUUCCGAAUGAUGCAGGAUGACGAGAUGAACAUUUUCAUUAACCUCACCAGGGAUGAAUUUGUAGAGCUGAGGGCCCUGGUCAUCGAGAUGGUGUUGGCCACAGACAUGUCCUGCCAUUUUCAGCAAGUGAAAUCCAUGAAGACGGCCUUGCAGCAGCUGGAGAGGAUUGACAAGUCCAAGGCCCUAUCUCUACUGCUCCAUGCUGCUGACAUCAGCCAUCCAACCAAGCAGUGGUCAGUCCACAGUCGCUGGACCAAGGCUCUCAUGGAGGAAUUCUUCCGCCAGGGUGACAAGGAAGCAGAGCUGGGCCUGCCCUUUUCUCCUCUCUGUGACCGCACUUCCACUCUGGUGGCACAGUCCCAGAUUGGCUUCAUCGACUUCAUUGUGGAGCCCACAUUCUCUGUGCUGACUGAUGUGGCAGAGAAGAGUGUCCAGCCCCUCUCGGAUGAAGACUCCAAGUCCAAAAACCAGCCCAGCUUCCAAUGGCGCCAGCCCUCUCUAGAUGUGGAAGUGGGAGACCCCAACCCUGAUGUGGUCAGCUUUCGUGCCACCUGGACCAAAUACAUUCAGGAGAACAAGCAGAAGUGGAAAGAGCGGGCUGCAAGUGGCAUCACCAACCAGAUGUCCAUUGAUGAGUUGUCCCCCUGUGAAGAAGAGGCCCCGCCCUCCCCUGCUGAAGAUGAACACAACCAGAAUGGGAAUCUGGACUAGCCCAGGGGCUGGCCUAGGUCCUCACUGAGUCCAGCGUUCAACAUCAUCAGCACCAUCCAUCAGGACUGGCUCCCCCACCUGCUCCAAGGGAGCAUGGAGGUUGUGGAAGAGACAACCCACCCGAAGGCCACAUGCCCAGAGACUGUGGGGUUGGGGCAAGGGCCCCUCCCCACCUGACACCCUUUGGGGCACACUUUAAUGUUCCGGCAGCAAGACUGGGGAACUCCGGACUCCCAGUGGUCACUGUGCCCAUCCCCAAGCCUCUGGACUCUCCUCAUGGCUGGAUGGCUGCCUGGGAGGGGAGAGCUUCAUGGGGCUUCCCAGGGCCUGGGGGGCGGGGAGGGUCAGGAUGCCAGCCCCUUUGGCCCUCCCUUGUCCUUUUUGCCUCCAAGUUUCUAAGCAAUACAUUUUGGGGAUUCGCUCAGUCCCCCAACCCAGAUCUUAGCUGGCAGGUCUGGGUUCCCAUGAUCCUCCCUUGGAGAGGGCUGGAAGAGGAAAGCUGGAGAUUUUCAGAGCCCUAGAUGCGGGAGUGGAGUGGAGUGGGCUCUUUCAGGGCAUUGUACCUUUCUAGGACCUGGGAAGGGGGAACAUCCUCUUUUCCGCAGACUUGCACUGCUCCAGCUCAUCCCCAGCGCAACCCCCAGCAACCUUCCCUCUUGCCUACUCUGAAUAGUGAUUGGGGGGAAAAGAAGAGCCAUUGGGACCAGGGGCUGAGAGGAGGCCUUUCCUUGGGACUGGUCUGGGUCUCAGGCUCGUCACUUGCCCUGAGUCCCCCAAGCUCUUUAUCUCCUCCCUCUCCCCUGGGGUUGGGAGGUUCCCAUCCGACCAAUGUCUGUAAAGUGCUUUGAGGAGUCCCCAGCAAAGCACCUUCAGGAGGUAUCUUAUCAGCCCAGGCAGGAGAGACCAGCCGUGUUGGGGUCAAGGGUGCGUGGGGAGGUAAGGUAUGAUCCAGUAAUCUUGUGUUGCCAAAAGAGGGCGUCCGUUCCCUCUCACCCAUCUCAGAACGGGCCCAGCUGCAGGCGCCAAGAGGCUCCUCCCUUGGGACUUAGGGAGUGGUGGGGGGAAAGCAGAUGGAGGAGGGGCUCAGGGCUGCUGCUGUCAAGGCCUCUGGAGAGACCCCAGCCAGGCCCAGGGCCCCUUCCUCUCCUCAGGCUUCUUGCUCCCACCUCGUCCCAGGAAACGCUAUAGUCCAGGUGACUGCCCUUCUUUCUUGUAAAUACCAACCAUGCAUUUGUACAGUGGGCCCUGUGCGUGUGAAAUCCAUAUCCAUGGUCUCUUAGACCUGCUGCCCUGACACUUGUCCCUCCUACCCAUUGACAGUGAGGCAGAGACGCAUGUGAGUCACCCCUACCCUUGGUCUCCCAGAACCCUGCUAUAGCCAGAUAAAUAAAGAAGAGAGACCUGG